GGAACUUCUCAAAGAUACAAAGGGGAGAUUGAUAAAAUGAAAGGUGAAUAUGAUGAAGAACAAGAUAAACUUGAAUCUAAACUGAUAUCCCUUGGUAGGGAUUUACAAGAUGCACGAAAAGCUGCUCGAGCAAGUCAACACAGAGUGGCUGAACAAUCUACGGAGUUAAUUCAACUUUCUAGUCGAUGCAGAGAAUAUGAAAUAGAGAAUAACAAAUUACAGAUUCAGUUGAAAGAUUUAAAUGAAGAAUACAGAUCAAGACUUCUUAAAUAUGUAGAAGAUAUUGCUGAUUUUGUUGAUGGAGGAAGUGGCAUGCCGGGAGAUACUUUGAAUGAAACUAAAAUGAGACGCUAUGUGGAAGACAUGUUGACAGAUUUAAAAAAAUCACACAAAAUAAGAGAAGAACAACUGAGCAAUGCUGCAAGGUCAUUUAAAGGUCAAUUAUCAAGAAUUGCCAAACGACAUGAAGAGUUAUUAGUUGCUUAUAGGUUAAUGAGGGAGCAGGUGGAAUCACAGAGGAUACCAAAUGUAGAUUUUGGUCCUGACGAAUAUGAUUUGAGAAUAUCUGACACUGAAUUAGAAUCAGCGAACAGGAGGGAGAUUAACAGAUUACGAGAAGAAUUGAGUCACCUCAGAUCACCAGAGGGAAUGAAAAAAAAUGUCAGUUUUGAUGAGCAGGCCAACUGGGGAUCUUUGAGAAAACAGUUACGAGAGUUCACUCUCAAUACACAGCAAGAACUUGAGGCUGAGAGAUCUGCAUUGCUUACACGCUGUACAAUAGCUGAAGAACAGUUAACAGAAUGUCAAGAUUACAUUGAUAAACAUCUUGUCAGAUACAAACAAGAGAUAGAGCGACUACGUAGAAUGCUUGGAAUGGACCCACAUGAUGGAGAAUUCAUUCCAGACUCGUAUCGAGCAGUGAGAGCUCGACGGAAACACAAGAGAUGAUUGAGUAGAUGGAUUUCUGCUGGUUUCUGUUGAACAGUACUGUUAUUUCUAUGUAACUAUGACAACUGAGAAAUAAACUAGAAAUAAUAAUAAUGUAAAAUAGAAUUCAAAUGUAAAUAUUAAAUUUGAAUAUUGAUGUAUAUAUUAAUGUUCUGAGGUAACAAUAGUUAUGGUUUCAUGGAGACAUUUAAUAAUGAUGUGACAAUAUCAUCCUGUUGGCAUUCAAACUCCCCUUGUUGAUUCUGUAAAUUAAUAAAGUGUUCACAUUAAAUUUUUACUCAGUUGCUCAGUUUUUAAACAAUAAUUCAAUUUGAAACCUGGAACAUUUCAACUGUAACCUGAUACUUGCUGUAUCGUUAUGUUCAUUUAUUUAAAUGUAAUUUGUUAAUCAUAACCCAUAAUGUUAAUGAAGGAAAAGCAUAUGAGAAAGAAAUGUCUCGUCAGCACUGUCACAACAUUGGCACUGUGGUCCACUAUUGUCUAGCAUUGUUAUGUGGGAGGGACUUCUGUAAGUCAAAAAACAACAAGGUGCUUUUUAAGAUAAUUUAUUUUAGGAACUAUAAACAAUGAUAAUUUCAUAAGAAAAACAAUUUGGAAUUUGAAUAAUCCAGAGUGACAGCCGAGUUUGUGACUUAUAUUAACAGCAUGGAUAACUUCAACAUGUGUUGCUGUACAUAAUACACACUCUACAUUACACUUGCUUUUAAAAUCCUUUAUAUUGUUUCUUUUAAAGUAAAGUCAUUAUGAGUAACUUCCAUUUUUUUUUAAAUAUUAAUAUUAUCAAACUUAUAUAUUGUAUAUAUAGUUAAUCUGUAUGCAUAGAUGAUAACCCCACCCUAUGCAGUGAUCUUCCCACCCUAUGCAGUGAUCUUCCCACCCUAUGCAGUGAUCUUCCCACCCUAUGCAGUGAUCUUCCCACACUACAGUAUGCUGUGAUCUACCCCACCUAUGUAAUGAUAUCCCCACCCCACCCUAUGCUAUGAUCUUCCCAAACUAUGCUGUGAUUUUCAGAUCAUAUGCUGUGAGCUGCCCCACCUAUGUAAUGAUAUGCCAACCCUAUGCUAUGAUCUGCCCACCCUUACAUAUACAGGGUAAGCCAUGUAUAGUUUAACUAUGUUUUGAAUUUAAACCUUUAGUGCAUAUUCAGUCUAGCUUGUAUCCAUUCUUAGUUUUUAGUCGUUAUUUUAUGGAUUCUCAAUGGACGAUAACUAUUGGCUAUCAUUUACCAUUUUUUUAAGUCUGUGAUGGACACUUUUCUUCAUAUCUUCUAUUAAAAAGUGAGCUCCAA